AUGUCGGUCCGCGUGGAUCAUCGCGAUCGCGAUCGCUUUUCGAGACAUUCUUCCCGCGCUUCUGUCGACCUCGCUUUUGCGAGUGGAUCUGCGCGGGAUCACUCUUUUCGCUCUGUACAAUCGGGACGUGUGCCGCGCGUGGCUAGCGAUGAUUUAAUAGUGCCCAUCCGCACGUUGCGGUCAGCGUCAUGCAGGGCUGCUCCAGGAGCUCCCCAUCGUCUGCGCCGCCAUCACUCGUCGGCUGCGGAAUGCGAGCGAGCGAGGCGCUCGCGACGUCACACCCUCGAGCUGCCGAACAGUCGAGGGCCCAGCGUGCGGAGCCGCUCUCCAGAGCCAUCGCCCACGGUCGCCCCCGAGCCCGAGGUCCCGCCUGAAGACGCUGGCAAGGAGGCUCGGCGCCGCCGGGUGGUCGCCGCAGUGGCAGCGUCGUUCUUCGCGCUGGCGCUGGCAUCGGUCCUCGUGGUGGUGGUGACACUCACCCACAGCUCAGUGCUCCGCGCUCACAACCAAACAGCCAAUACGGCAAGAGAACGAGCGGUUGAUGCACGACGUCCUUCAGGCGGGAAUCGCCAAUCGCACCCAGUCGUCGGAGGGAUUGCGCUGACACCGCGCUACUCGCCGCGCCCACGACUCGACCACGUCCGGCCCGCCGCCGCACCUCCCGAACCUUCCGAGCUCACUCCUAGCGUGGAGGCUCCCCCUGCUCAGGACCAGCAGCAUGUGCCUAACGCGGGGGCCACAGACUACGCUCGAACGCCGGUGAGCACAACCCGAGCAGGCCCUGCGUAAUUUGUCUUGACAAUCAAACUCAUGUAAAGCGACCUGGCUUAAACUCAACAACAGAGAAAUCGCAUGUCAAACACAUGCCUAAUUUAUACUCCCACGUCGCCCAAGUCUUCUGGCCUGCAUCGACAGUUACAAAACGGUCAGCCAACGCACA